AUGGGUAAUGUUCACUCUUCGUCAAGUUCGUCCGAUGUGCUUCCUGUCGAUGAUUCCGUAUACUGGCUGAAAUGUGCAAAAGGUACGAUUGCCGUUUUCAGUCUUGGAAGCACUCGGUUUAUGAAAGUCGCUCGAGGUCGUAACAGCGAAGGAACUUGUGUGUGGAAGGUUUUUCUUACUCAGGAAGACUCAUCAGUCUAUGAGCCUUAUCGAAAGGAGCUCUUUCGAAUCCGGGAUGCACUUGUGAAUGCACCAAAUUGUUGUACAGUCAAAAAGAUAUACACAAUUGAGCGUAGAAUCAUUCAGGUGACCCCCAAAUGGGCCGUGCUAAUCCGUCCUUUUCAAAAGCAGACUCUUUGCGACCGAUUAAGUACUAGACCGUUUAUAGUCCAACAGGAAAAAAUCUGGUACAUUUAUCAGCUGUUCAAAGCGAUUGCACAAUGUCAGAAGGCAAAUGUUUGUCACGGUGAUCUGAAAUCGCAAAAUGUGCUUCUUACAUCUUCUAAUUGGUUGCAAAUCACCGACUUCGCUCCUUACAAACCUACUUAUCUUCCUCAUGAUAAUCCAUCCUCAUUCACAUUCUUCUUUGACACUAGUCGCCAUCAGCACUGCUAUUUAGCUCCAGAACGUUUUCUUUCGUCAGUGGAUUAUGAGAAUAUUCACAAGGAAAAGGGGGACGAGUGGCUUUUUGGCUCACUCCAACCUUCGAUGGAUCUCUUCGCCGUUGGGUGUGUUGUUUAUGAACUCCUGCAUGACUCGGGAAAGCCUCCCUUCUCAUAUGGAGAGCUUUGUCUUUAUCAGAGAAUGUCAAGCAGUGACGCUGCCUCAUUCUUGGAAAGGUAUUUGCUUGUUGACCGCUUUCCUUCGAGCUCGCCUAAUUUCUCUUCAUUUCCUAGCCCUCGUGGGGUGUUGAAUGUCACAUUAUGGUGUGAGGAAGUAGCGAAAACAUUCCAAUUUCUUCGUAUUUUCAGGCUACUCCAGGAUAUUGCUGCACAGUUUCGCCCAUUAUUGAAAUUGUUGUUGAAUCGAGACCCAUCCCUUCGCGUCUCAGCACAACAAGUGUUAGAUGGAUCUGUGCUACAUUUUCCUAAAGUUCUGGAUGCUUUCUUCAGUUACUUAAAUGCAUUUCGUCCAAAGGAAAUAACGACGUCACAGUCGUUGGAAGGCUUUGAACAGUCUCAAAUGGCGUUCCAUCUCGAACCCGACGAUGUCAUUGCAAAGCUCAAACGAGAUGAAAAAUCUAUAUGGGAGCGUCUCACUGAGUGUGAAGAAAGCCGUCCUUAUGCCAUACUCUUCAUAUCGCUCAUCACUGCAAACAUACGAGUACUGCGAAGUGUGCCUGCGAAAAUUGUGAGUUUUUCUCGAGAAAUUUCACCAGUUGUCAGUUUUCCGUGGUUGGUAAGGCUAAAUCUAAAACAUAAUCGACCUUUUAUCCAGGAUGCCAUGAAUAUGCUCGUGAAGCUGGCGUCAUUGUGUGGUCCGGUGGUGUCAACAGAGCGAGUAUUGCCCUACCUGGUUUGCUGCUUGUCCGAAGUCGACGCUCAAGUUCGGGCAUCGGCGGUGUAUUCCAUCACUGAGCUUCUACGUCCAAUUGAACCGGCAACUUUUGAAGAUUCAUUGGUGUUCAUUGAUUACUUGCUGCCGGAACUGGCGAGUUAUAUUUGGAUUCCUUCCUCGAUGCUGAGUGAUAAACGACAUCCUUGUCCGACUCACGUUCUUCUGGCUGUAGCGACGAAUCUCGGUGAUAUCGCAGAAACCGCUUACAGAUUUCAUGUAGUUGGACGAAAUUUGCGAAAUGGUGUUGCAGAUGAUGAAAUUUCGGGAGCGGAAAACAUAUCGGGCGGCGAGAUACUGCUCCGUCAUAUGAUUACCUUCCUAAAUGUUAAAAGUGACUGGCGACUACGUGCAGUAUUUUUCGAGUCACUCCCAAUAUGUGUGCAGAAAAACAGCUUCGAUGUGAAGCCCUUGUUACAACAGGUGACAUUACUAGAACUUGAACCUUGUCGCUUUACGCGGCUAACUUUGUUCCUUGUUCAGGGAUUACACGAUUUUGAAGAGCUGGUGGUGAUUCACGCAAUACAUUGUAUUAUUGUUCUUGUGGAAACUGGUGUGUUGGGAAGGAACGAAAUGUUGGAGCUUCUGGAAGAUACACUACCAUUUUUGUCUCAUCCGAAUGAAUGGAUACGCGUUACAGUCGUUGAGCUGUUGAUUGUACUCGACUCCUGUUGGUCACUGGCGGAUGUGCAUUGUCGUUUGUUACCGUUGGUUCGACCUUACUUGCAAGACUCCUCUCUGUUGCGUCUCAAUAACAAGUUAGUUGUGCUUACGUGCUUGAAAUCGCCCAUACCUCGCGAUGUCUGGAAGAAAGUGACGGAAAUGAGUCCUGAACAAACAGAAGCACUUCAUCUUUUUCUGGGUAAGGAGUGGAAAUUCUGA